CGCCGCCCCGCCGCGCCCCGCCGCCCGCCCGCCGCCCGCCGCCAUGAGGCGCGGGGGCCCCGCCGCCCUCGCCGCCUGUCUCGCCGGGGCGCUCGCCGUGCUGGCGGGGCCGGGGCCGGGGCCGGGGGCGGGCAGUGCCGCCUGGGGCGGCCGGCGGCCCCCCCGUAGCUACGGCCACCUGGAGGGCGACGUGCGCUGGCGGCGGCUCUUCUCCGCCACCCGCUUCUUCCUCUGCAUCGACGGCGGCGGCGGCGUGGAGGGGACGCGCUGGAGGGAGCGGCCGGGCAGCAUCCUCGAGAUCCGGUCGGUGCGUGUGGGCGUCGUGGCCAUCCGGGCGGUGCACACCGGCUUCUACCUGGCCAUGAACAAGCAGGGGAGGCUCUACGGAAGGAGUUCAACCCCAACUGCAAGUUCAUGGAGCGCAUCGAGGAGAACGGCUACAACACCUACGCGUCGCUGCGCUGGCAGCACCGUGGCCGCCCCAUGUUCCUCUCGCUCAGUACCAAGGGCAGGCCACGGCGAGGGGGCAAGACGCGCCGGCAGCACCUCUCCACACACUUCCUCCCCAUGCUCAUCAGCUGAGCCCCACAGGUGGCUCUGGACCAUCCUGCAGGGAAAAAAAAAAGGAAAAAAGGGUUAUUUUAUUUAUGUACAUAUCUUUUUUUUUUUUUUUUCUAUUUAUUGUUUUAAUUUUAAACGCAUGGUGGAGAUGGAUGCGGAAGGCAGAUGCUCCAGAUGCAGUCCCCACAGCCGUGCAGGGAUGCGGGUCUCCCCACCGUCCUGCUGAGCGGAGCUGGCAUGGCACAGCCCGGGGAGCACGGCCACCACGUGCCGGGGCUGCCUGUGUUGCACCCCCCAGUGCAGCCCGGACCAGGCGGCCAGAGCUCUGCUAGCCGUGUCUCUGCAGGGGCAGGGGCCGGGAUGUACCGGCGGGUUGUAUUUGUGUUGUGUCCAAGCACCCGUGGCAAUUAAAGCUGUGUUCAUGGUGCAGAAGGGGAAGCAAGUUCUGGAGCUUCGGUGAUGGGCUCAGCUUGGGCUGGGUGGGGUUGGCUUCCCGGGGCUCACGGCUGCAGCCACCAGCGUUGACCCUCCCCUGCCAUGUCCAGCUCCUCAUCGACCCACAUCCCCACCUGAGUGCGCAGGCGGAGAUGCCCCCAGCCCAAAAUCUGACCCACAGGAAAACACAGCGAUGGUUGUCCAGCGGCACAAAGGAGGGAGCAGGAAAAAAGCAGCUGCCUGUUGGGGGAGAGCCGGGACCCUGUGCUAUUACCGCAGGAAAGCACUCCCACGCAUGACCCGCAGCCAGCACGGUGCAGCCGCUCCGAGGGGGAGCAUCGCCCAGGAGGUGCCAGGCUCUGCGCAAGGGGAUGCGGCCCCAGAGACCCCAAGGGACAAGGCAGAGGGGGAUGAGGGGUCGAGAGACUCCCUGGAGCUGGAGGAAGAGCUGGGUGGCAGCCAAGUGUCCCACUGUGGCGCUGCAGUGGGGCCUGCGGGGCCAGGUGCCGACCUGGACCCUUGGGCAGACAGCCCUGGGGCUGCCCCUGUCUGGAGGGGGCUAGGACGCUGCUUCCCACCCACGUGCAGACCCUGAGCCAGGACACCAUGAGCAGAAGGGACCAGACCUGCUCUGGGCACGUGUCCCCAGUGGGAGCACUUGGGUCACAGACUCCCACUUGUGCGGACGGUGCCCGAUCCACCAGUGCAAGCACUGAGGUGCAGCGGGGCACUGGUCCCCAGCCACAGCCAGCGCCUCCAGGCUGGUCCUGGGCCCCCAGCAGAGAUGGAGCUGGGAAGGUGGGUGGUGGCGAGGACCAGUCCCUCGCCUGGAGAGGAGCAUGGCCAGGAAAAUAGCACCUGUGCUUCGGCCUCCCAGCCAGGGCACGUUCCUGCACCGCCCUGCACACCCGCCGUGGCCAGGCAUCGAAGCCUGGUCACUUUAUCCUGUCAGAGGUGAGUGAUGGCCCCAGCAAAAACCACCAAACUCGUUCCAUUUCUUACCCAACCAGCUCCAAACCAGCCUGUGAGAGGGAACAGCCACCGCGUUAACCAUGUGGUGACCAUGGCGGGCACCGGCCCCAGCUGGAGCCCCUGCCAGGCGGGUGGCAGCAGCCAUACACCCACCACGGACCCCGCUAUACCCACUUGAAACCCACCCCAAGCACUGCUCACAUGUGAGAAAUCACUCCCUGAGCUCCAGGGGGGCUGGGAACCCUGCACCGCAGCCGGCAGCUGAAACGCAGCAGGAGAAGGAAGGUUUUUCCAGGUCUCGCAGGCUGCAUUUCAGUGACUAAACAGCAAAGCCUUCCCUCCGUGCAGGGCCAGCCGAUGGGCACACGCAGGCUCAGCCACAGACCUUCCUGCUGCCACCUGCCUCCCAAGCCCAGGAUCCCAGUGGCAGAAGCUUCUGGCUCAACCUCUGGUGGAGGACAAGCUAUUAACCCUGAUAUACCAGUCCUGAGAUAAACCCUCGUCCCGCAGGCAUCUGCCUGCCGAGAUGAAAGGUGCCGCUGGGCUGCCCUGGCUGUGCUGGGAAAGCCAAGGAGGAAAAACAUUCCAGGAAAGUUGCUCAGCACCAGCCGUGUGGCCCUGGCAGGCUUGGCAAAGGCUGCCGCCAUCCAUGCUGGGGACGUUUUCUCCACCAAACCUUCUCUUGUACUCUGAAAAUGGCUCAAGAAAUGCCAAACAAGCUGCCUGCCUUCCCCCUCCAAUGGGCUGCCUGUCCCUUCCCAGAAAGCUCUCGGGAAGAAGGGCCAGGUCCUCAGGUAAGGCUGCUUUGAGAGAGACGCCAAAGCUCUGCCAGUGCCAGGACCUUGAGUGUCCAGGGUGGGAGGUCAGCACCUUCCCCAGCCACCCCCAGCCUGCUCACAGGCCCCAGAAACUGGAGAAGACACAGGGAGCCUCCGAGCCCUUGAACCCUCCAUCCAUCCCACCCAGCAGCCCCCAUGGGGGCAGGUUCCCCCUCCCCCACUCUGGUGUCUGCCACAGCAUGGUCCCAACACGCACCCCGGAGCGCCCAGCACCAUCACAAACACCCGGGCAGCAACUCAGCGAGACCCCACCGCCUACCCGAAGCCUCCAUGACAGCAGCAUCAGUUGACAUCUGUCCCACACCACCCAGGUCAGCGCUUCGGAGCCACACGCCGCUUGCCCCUCCUGCCAGCUCUGCCCCGGGCUGUGCCGCAGGAGCCUCACCCACCACCCCCAAGGCACGGUCCCCCCAGGCCAUCUCCCACCCUGGCACCCAGCCCUGUGCCAGGCUUCUCUUGGAGCUGCCGAGGCUGCGCUUGAGAUUCAGCUUGAGGUUCAGCGUGCCCAGACCAAAGCUGGAGGCCCAUGGUGAGGUGGCCAAGGGAACCCCGCUUUUUGCUCCUCUUGUGCCUCCAGGCUCAGGCGAGCACGGA